AUGCUAUCUCUAUCUAUUCUUCCCCUUCUAGUCUUUGGGCUAGUCUGCUCUGCGCACCCAUUUGAAAAGCGACAGUCAAGGCCAACCGAUUCAUUCAAGCUGUAUGCCUAUGGCCCAGGCAUCAGCGGACUGCCCGUCUUCUACAGAAAUGGCAGUGCCGAAGUUGCGGAUGCAUCCAAAGUAGACACAACCACAAUGGCCGCAAUGACCCCAAUCAACUUCACCGCCGCUGAAAAUACUUGGGUUGCCCACCCUAGUUCUAGCUCCCGUUCGAACGAGGGCUUCACCACCCUGUCGACUAAUACCAAUAUGCUGUGUCUGGACCAAGGUGAUGCGGAUUCCAAUCCAGUCUCAUUCACAGCCGUACCUGCUACGGGAAAGUCGAACUCAACCAAGCUCAGCAACGUCUGGUCCACGUACGGAGGCUAUGUCCUCGUCACCGUGAGCGGGGCCAACUUUUACGCGAGGCAAACUGUUACGGACGGCUUGUACUCUCUGCUUUGGAGUAGCUCGGCUGAGGCCAUGACGGAUACUAUACCGGUAGUGCUGCGGACUGCUGAGCCGACGACAGUAUCUGUGUUGAACUAG